GCACGGUGCUGCAAGAGUUGCAGAACUCGUGGAAUACAAGAUUUGGAGGCUGGCAGGCAGGGAGCGACUGCACGCAAGCGCAAGGCCUCACAUGCGACUCAAACGGCAUGAUCACCUCCAUGCGCCUCAAAUUGUCUUCGGCGGUGGACUUCCAACCUGCCUCCGUCACCCAGCUAUCGCACCUCACCCAGCUAGAGGCUUCAAAUUCGUUUAAAUUUCCAACGGGAUCCCUCUACAACAUUACCUGGCUCAAGUCCCUGGCAGUGGAUUGCUUGAUGGACUUGAAUCUCCCCAUUCCCGGAGAAUUGGCCAACCUCUCCCAGCUCACAAGGCUGAGGAUAUGCAAAUGUGGAUUGAAGGAUGAGCUGCAGAUGUUCACUCGCCUCCCCAGUUUGUUGGAGCUAGACGUGCCAUCAAACAGCAUAUCGUACAUACGGGAUAUUAACUACCGCUUUCCCAGCCACGAGAAACUGAAUCUGAGCUCCAACCUGAUUGUAGCCGGCAUCCUUCCUUCCCUGACUCGUCUCACUGGCCUCACAUCUCUGGAUCUCUCAUCAAACCAGUUGGAGGGCUACCAGGUGUUGGAAAGUUUCAGCCUGCCCACCUUGCAAUUCUUGAACCUUUCCAACAACGGGCUGAGCGGCAGUCUGCCUGAAUCUCUCACAACCAUGUCUAACCUGGUCACCCUAAGCGUGGCAUCCAAUUAUAUGGAAGGAACCAUCCCCCCAGCCCUUGGAAGGUUACGCAAUCUCUCAACCCUAGUCACCAAUCCCGGUGGUCUCACAUGCCCUGACAACUACACCAGCUGCGGUGUGCCUCAGAAUGCGUCCUCUGGCUUCUGCCGCACCUGCCCUGACUUCUGCACCACUU